CGCCGUUCCCUUGUGGCAACCAUGGCCGGCCCUGGCAGUGGCAGACCAGCCGGCGGCGAAGGCUACUGUGAUGUGAUUUAUUCACCCUAUCCGCAGUCGUCGCCUCUUGCUCCUCGCCUGACCGACCUGUUCCAACAAUUCGGCCUGGACAAGAUCCGCGAUAUCAUGAACCGCCCCGAUGGCAAGACGUUCGAGCAGAGGAUCGACCGCCUACGAGAGGAAAUGGAUGCUUUCGAACGUGCUCGUAACAUAUUCUACAUGGUCGAGGUCGACGAUGACGAGGAUGAGGAUGAGGACGAGGACGAAGAGGAUGAAAAUGUAGGACAGAUGCUCUUAGGUGAUGAAGAAGACCCAGAUACCGCGAAACGGCCACAUGCUCCUAUUGAAGGCGAACUGGAAUGCAAGAAGCCAAAGGUAGCACAAGACUUGAGGUGCCGAUUAUGAGAAGAACCUGAGGCUGGACGGACAGAGAAUUCCUCACGGUAGUUAUUAGUGAUUUAUGUGUGCUGUAUGGAUCACCCAGCCUAUGUUUUCUUAGUUUACAUUGCACCAACAUAUUUCAAGAUGCACUUGUUUAUACUCUUGAGUAAUCUGCACUUUUGGACAAUCUGAAAUGAUUAGAGUUGCACUUGGUUA